CCAACUAGUAGAACAUCAAUUUACACACAGGACUAAAGGGUUGCACUGGCCCUUUAAACCACACAGCAAAUAUAGGCUUUUCAGUCGCAGGAGGGAGAGGCGAUUGAUUGUAGGCUACGUACGGCAAGAGAGCUGCUCUUGUGACCAACACACAAAGGGAUAUCGAGAAUCGCAACUAUGGGCGUCAAAUUAUAUUAUACCACCGUUACUGCAUCCAGAGAGGUGAAGUCUCAGCAAGCGGAGGUGAUGAGGAUCCUGGAGAGUAAGAGCAUCCAGUAUGAGCUGAUUGACAUCUCAGUGGGCGGAGAGGUCAGGGAUGAGAUGAGAAGCAAGGCAGGGAACCCCACGGCUGUCCCGCCACAGAUCUUCAACGAGGACCAGUACUGUGGGAACUAUGACAUGUUUUCGGACGCAGUGGAGGAGGACAAAGUGGAACAAUUUCUGAAGAUGGCGUGAUGAGGAAGAGUUGUGUGUCGUCUUCCCCCCACCAAACCCCCCCCCAGGCAGGCCCGUUGACUAACCUCCUGCCCCGCUGGCGGUGCUCACCCUCCUUUGUCUCAAUGCAGUGAUGAAUGCCAAAUACAACCAACCAAUCAAAAGACACACACACACACACACACACACACCUGUUCCCACCCCGCUGGACUCUUACCUAACCACUGUUAACAUAAUUGUUUAUGUUUUAUACGGCACUCAUUAUGCUCCCUCUGUUUUCUUCGUCAUUGUUUCCCUUUGUGGUCCUUCCUGGUCAGGACCUGGGUUCAAAUACUUUAAAAUAAUUUCAAAUACUAAAGUUGUGCUAGAUUUAAGUGUUCCUGUUGCAAUUGAACCAAUAGAAAAGGCUAAAAAGGCCAAACCCCACCCACCUGGCACUGCAUGCAGACUAAAGCAAAUGCUCAAAGAUUUGGAAUGGUAUUUGAACCCAGGUCUGCCUGGUCCGACGUGUUCAUGUCACUAAUCAGUCUUAGUCUGCUCUGUGGGAUCAGUGGAACUGCCCAAUCUAGAUGUGUGGUAAUUAGGUCAGGUAAUCUGGGCUGCCAACACGUGAUUAAUGAAGAUCCACUAAUCCAGAGGCUAACAUUUACCAGGAAUCUAUCUUCAUGAUCGUUCCCUUGCCCAACAGGAGAAAUGUACUUUUUAUUCCCUAUAUUGUGGACUACUUUUGGCCACAGUCCUGGUCAAAUGUAAUGUACUAUGGCUACGUUUACACAAGCAGCCCAAAUCUGAUCAUUUCUUUUCACUGAUUGGUCUUUAAACCAGUCACAGCAGAUAUUUUUCAGAGCUGAUCUGAUUGGUCAAAAGACCAAUAAAUUAAACAAGAUCAGAAUCGGACUGCCUGUCUAAAUGCAGCCCAUGUAGAGAAUAGGGGGGCCAUUUCACACCAAACAAACACAAUGCUUGGUUAUUAUCACUUAAUCUUAAAUUUGUCACUUUUUUUUUUACCUGGCCUUCUUGACUCGCAUGUUGUUGUUCAUAUCGACAGACAGAAGCCAUUUCGAUACAUAAUUGGGCCUACUGUAGGUGAAUGUGGAAGCCAACAAUCACAGAACCUUAAAGAAAUGUGAAUUGUGGUAGAUGGAUUGGAUUCAUUGGAUUCUACUUUGGUCCAAAACAUUUCAAUCCUUAGCAGACUAAUGGUGUCAAAGGUCCAUGCUGGAAAGGUGACUCCACUGUGGAGAGUUACAGAAGAUGGUAAAAACAGACUGACAGCAUUCCGUAGUGUUGAACUUGGUGCCAAUAAAUGUGUUUUACAGAUGGAUACAGUCAGCUUUGACCUCCCAAUAUAGUCUUAUUUUACUCUCUGUUAAUGCAUUCCAAAGAGACCACUUACAUUUGCUGGGAAUGGCCUGAUCCUCAAUCAUUGGUCUUCCAGAAAUAUACAUUUUAUGGGACAUUGUUGCAAAACUAUGUUACACUGUUACUGGCACUACAGCUGUACAUCCUUACUAUAAGAGAGCUGAGCUUGAGUAUUAGAACCCCCUGAAUUUAGAAUCUGGUGACUGUUUUGGACCUUCAUUCCUGAUCUAGCUGUGAUGUCCAUCUCGAUCCAGCUUGAAGAUGCAAUAGAUAACUAUGCACUUAACUCUGCCUCAUAUUCCCACUGUUGUACUGACUCUUGGCUACUGAGUGGAAAAACGAAUUGUUUCAGACUGAACUGACUCAUUCUCAGCCUUAGAUAAAACUCACUCACCACAUGAGGAAGUUGAAGGCCUUACUUUUAGUGCUUCAAGUGUCUACUACUCUGCUUUCUUCAAGCUGGGUUUUCUUCCAUGGGAUGUUGUGAAGAACGAAUGUGCCGUUUCAUGUGUAGUCCCACAUCUUUUUCAUCCUUGUAAAAAAAUAAAAAUAAAAGUUUUAGAAAAAUAUUGCCCCCAAUGUAAUCCCUGCACUUGAGCCUAUCACUAUAACCCCUGGUUCCACACAGGAACCUUGAUUUUCAUUUAUCUCAGGUGAAUUCGGGUGACGCCACACGCAUAGUAUAUUUGGGUAUAUAGGUGUGGGACCUCUACUUUGUAAUGGCAGCAUUAACAGACAAUGUUUGUGCACUGUUUUGUCAGUUGAUGGUGGUCGAUGUCUUAUUGGUCCAUGAUGUGUAGCUAUUCACUAUCAACUAUGUGUUCAGCAUUUCAUGUCUUUCUCUUUGAGCUCCUGCUUUGCUUUUGGACCAAAGUCCCUUUGGCCAAAAUAAAGAAAACAUUAAAUAUAAAAUGAGAUGUCUUCCAAGAAGAUUGUGAAAAAGGAUCAAAUAAAAUGGAAUGUCUAAUA